UACCAACACCUUUCUCCGUUUCCUUAUUUCUGUCCUGGGAAAAGAGACGAAUUGAAGCAACAUUGACAAUGACAAAUAUUGAUGGCGGCCGAAAAGACAAGUGAGGAGUGCCCUCUACCCACCCUUUUUCUCUCUACUUUGUUUCGUUAACUUGAAACUUACACGGCUGACAUGCAAACUUGUUUUUCAAUGAAGCAUGACAGUAGAGCCCAAGUUCCCGCGGGAAAAAUACGCUAAUGCCGUCUACCAGUACGUUAGCAGUUACCAAAUCCUACAACGUAACGAAAACAACAUUGCACGUGUCAAGCUCGCCAAUGGUAAAAUCCAAACGUUUGGAAUGGGCGGUCCCUACGUGAUUGACGGUGCCCAUUCCGUCUAUGUGGGUGACAUUUGGGUUAUGGCCGGUCAAAGCAACAUGCGUGGUCAUGGUUACUAUAAUGAUGUCUAUAACAACAACAACAACAACGACAGAAGCGCAAUAUUAGAGCCCAAAGCUUCUAUUCACUUGUUUCAGUCCAACGAAAGAUGGGCGAUAGCUCAGGAACCAACACAUAAACUCGCAGAGUCGCCACGUGCCGUGCAUCGUCGUAUUCCAGAUCCAACUGUCCGCAACCCAAGUGCGCUCAACAUCCGUGGCGCAUCACUGGGCUUGGCAUUCGCACAAUCGUAUCAAAAGCACAACGACAACAAUGUUCCUGUGGGUCUGAUCGCCUCGGCGCACGGUGGCACUUCAACAGCACAGUGGAUGGAACGCGAUCCAAAAAAUCCAAGCAACACGCUCUAUGGCGCCAUGAUGGAAAGGAUUGCCGAGGUCGAUGGUAAUGUUGCUGGCUUCCUUUGGUAUCAGGGCGAAACAGAUGCAUGCUCGUCAGAUCCGACAUCCUACUCGAAAAACACGAUUAAAUUGAUCAAAGAUAUACGGCAUGACAUGGAUUACGAUAUCCCGGUCGUGUGUGUGCAGCUGGGUCGCUGUAUUGGCGGAAGCAAUGUGCAUAAUGAAUACUGGACGACCGUACGCGAAAACCAAUACGAUAUCUUUAUGCCGCAACGACAGCAUGUAGAUGACCGUCGAUUGUGUGCUGUGUCGAGCAUUGAUGCUGGCAUGGACGACUUUAUCCAUCUAUCAGCACGCGGAUUAGUCAAAGUCGGCCAUCGUCUUGGCUUGGCUGCCUCGUAUACAUUGCAAGGCAAGGCGUAUCUGGCAUGUCCACGGAUAAAAUUUGCUGGAUACGAGGAAAAGAAUGAAUACGGGGAGUUACGGAGCACGAUCAAGGUUACAUUUGAUAAUGUUGAUGGAGAUGCUGUGAAAUGGUCACCCGUGGAAGGAGAUGUCCUUGGGUUUAGCUUACAUACUCAAGAUCACGAAGAAAAACUGCCUAUUAUUCUAAGUGCUCGCAUCGAAGAUGAGCGAAACGUACGCAUCUACUUGACGCGAGAGGCAUUGCAUUUGCAUGGAUCAUAUGUGUUGUACUAUGGUUGGGGUAAAAAUCCAUGCUGUAACUUGACAACAACAUCAGACAUGGCAUUGCUCGCUUCGUCCAUUCGUUUUGCUGUUGAGCACGCCCAUUAAAAGUUCUUAUCGAUGUAUAUAUAUAUAUAUACUCAUUCUUUCCACCCUCCAACCCUUGUCUUUUUUCCAUUGUCUACCUUCGUCGUAAAAUUUUGUAACAAUGCAUUAUACAGUAUCGAAAAAUCCACAUCUUUAUAAAAUAAUGACAGACAUCACCAUAUGUAGUUCAGACAUCAAUAAAAGAUGCGCAUGAGCAAACAACAUACAUG